AUGCGUAGAUUCGCUUGUGAGGACUUCCCUACUGAACAUAAUCAAAUUCUUAAUGCUCAAAGAAAAGUUCGACCCCUUUCCCCGUUCACUAUUUAUCAACCACAAUUAACAUCGACGAUGUCCAUUCUUCAUAGAUUAACCGGGGCGGGUUUAGGUGUUGUUUUUUAUGGUGGUGCAAUUGCUUAUGCUCUUAGUGGACCGAUUGGAUUAGAGUUUAAUUCUGAUUCGAUUGUUACUUCGGUAGCAAACCUUCCACCUGCAAUUAAAUAUAUUGGAAAAUUCACUUUAGCAUUACCAUUUACUUAUCAUUCCUUUAAUGGAAUUAGACAUUUGGUAAAUUAA